CAAUAUCAUGUCUGGAAGCUUCUACUUCGUAAUUGUGGGCCAUCAUGAUAAUCCAGUGUUUGAAAUGGAAUUUUUACCAGCUGGUAAAGUAGAGUCUAAGGAUGACCAUCGCCACCUCAAUCAGUUCAUUGCUCAUGCUGCUCUUGAUCUAGUAGAUGAGAAUAUGUGGCUGUCUAAUAACAUGUAUCUGAAGACUGUGGACAAAUUUAACGAAUGGUUUGUUUCUGCUUUUGUCACUGCAGGACAUAUGAGAUUUAUAAUGCUCCACGAUGUCAGGCAAGAAGACGGAAUCAAAAACUUCUUUAGUGAUGUCUAUGACUUGUAUAUAAAGUUUGCAAUGAAUCCAUUUUAUGAACCCAAUUCUCCCAUUCGAUCAACUGCAUUUGACAGAAAAGUUCAGUUUCUUGGGAAGAAGCAUCUCUUAAGCUGAAUGGUAACUAAUUCAAAUUGCUUACUUGACUCUUUUUCCUG